ACAUUGCAUGCUUGCCAAGCCCUUGAUUCUUGUCUGGCGGGUCUUUGGCUCGCCUUUGGCCGCGGAAAACAUGAUCAUCACAAGCAAUCGUCUCAUCUUUCCGGCGCGUGGUGCGUGUGCACCAAGAUUCUAGCGCCAGGAGGAGAUCUGUGAUGCUAUUAUUGCUUGCACAGCCCUCUAAUCGAUCCCACUUCUGCCGACGGCUUUCAUUCGUUCCUCAACACACACAAACAAGAACAACCACACACACUCCACGACGAUCGUUACCAUGCUGCUAUUCAUUUACGCAUUUUUCGUGGCGCUGGCGUCCUUCGUCAGUGCUGCAGAUCAAGCUCCCGAUGUCGCCUUUUCCUUAGUGAUGGAGUAUCGACCAGACCAGGAGUUUCGGAGUUGCAGAUCGACAGACCAACAAGUGAACUGCGGAUUCUGUUAUCUCCAAGGAGGAUUUCUGGGUUGGAACUGUAAUUGCGACGAAUUUUGCCACAAUACUCUGAACGAGUGCUAUUACAUUACCCAGGCCAACCCAAGCACUUAUACAAAAAUUGAAUGCAAGCGAGAUGCACUCAAUGGUUAAUUUCUGCUGCCAGACAUCGAAGAAUUAGGGGCGUCACGGACUGUCAGAGGAUGGCUUCCUGCCAUGGAGAGGCCAGAAUGUACAUCGGCAUCGGCUGUCAGAGCGGACAGCGAGAAACCAAGGAUUGUGGAAAAGACGGCUUUCUGGCAGGACAUCUGGGCGCGAGCUCGGCCAAGUGCUGGUCAAGCUUGAGGGCGCAUAGAGCAUCAUCGACUUCGUAGAAUGCCAACGUGGACCGCAAAUCCACUGUCUUCCUGCAGGUCUCGUGGUAGAAGGUCGCCAGGAAUUCUCCAAGAUCGGAACAGCUUAUGAAAGGCGGACAUCCACUGCUCGAAAACUUCGGCCUGUCGCAACUGCUGGACGACCACGCAGAUGGUCGGUCUGUUGGCUGUGUGGUGCUCGUCGCGGCUUCGAGAUCUGCAGAGAUCGGCGCAUGUCUGUACGAAAGGUUCGAUGAGAGCAUAGUUGUAGAUGCAGUCGCAAGCCAGAAUGGCAUCAAAUCCACCUUGGAAGUCGUGUGCGCGCAAGAAGCCGGCCACAUCAUCCUUUUCCCAAUCCAGCGGGCAAA